UUGCUCUAAAAUGAGUUAAAGUUGCUCUAUGUUAGUUGAAGUUGCUCUAAAAUGAGUUAAAGUUGCUCUACGUUCGUUGAAGUUGCUCUAUAUUGGUUACAUUUACAGGAGAAACUGCACUGACAUCAUUGCUGUGAUGAUGAUGAUUUUGUUCUGGUCAUGCCAGAGUUUUCAAUUUAGAAACAAUCUGCAAGCACAGUUCAAACACAUCUCUGUAUUUUUCAUCGCUUCGUUCAUUUUCAUUUUCACUUGUUCCCAUUCAAACUGAUGUGACUAUCGUGUUUCUAUGACAACGUGUCUUCACAGGCCAAACAGAUGAUGAUGGUGAUGAUGAUGAAGCUGAAUCAGGUUACAGCUCUGUAGAAGAGAUGCCACCUCAUCACCAUGCUGCCUCCACUGUAACACAUCAUGACCAGUGUUUGGCUGAUGUUGCUGCUGCCAGUCAUCACAGCCCAGCGAGCGUCUCCAUGUCCUGCUUCCUGUGUGGUUUGUUCUGAGGAUGCUGUCAUCUGUCAAAGACUGGCUCACAUUAUAGAUGCUCCAGAUUCCACUCAGGCUCUGCUGCUCACUGAAGGCUUCAUCUCUACAGUCCAACCGGCCUCCCUGUCUGACCUCAGCAACAUCACUGUCAUAGGUCUCAGUAAUAACCGGAUCUCAGAGCUCAGUGAAGAGUCCUUCAGAAAGCUGCCCUUCCUCCACACUCUGCUGCUGGACCACAACCUCCUGACCAGCCAGGCUCUGCAAGGUGGAGCUCUGAUCAACCUGACCCAGCUGCAGGUCCUCGCCCUGGGACACAACCUCAUCAGCAUGAUCCAGGCCGGAUGGUUUGGGGGUAUAAAGGCUCUGCGGAGCCUAAAACUGGAGGGAAACCUGCUGACCAGUUUGGACUCUGGUUCUUUUCCUCUGAAUGACCUCAGAGAUCUGGAGACUCUGGAUCUGUCAGAUAAUCUGAUCCAGCAUAUGGACAAAAACAGUUUCCGUGGGUUGGUGAGCCUGAAGACUCUGGAUCUUUCCAGAAACCGCCUGAGUUCUGCUCCCGUCGAGGAUUUUUCCUACCUCACCUUACUGACCAACCUCAACCUGGACCUGAACUCGUGGAACUGCUCCUGUCAGCUGCUGGACUUGGCUGCUUUCCUGUCCACCUUCAUGCAACAACCCGACAAGACUCUGUAUAACGGCCGGAGGAUGGUUUGUGUGAGUGCUGAUAAUCCGGCUGUAUCCACGGUUCUGGAGCUGACCGAUGCCAACUGCGUCCCGUCCAAUCAGAACAUCACAGUGCAGGUAGAGACGAGAGGCAGCGUGACGCCUCAACUGUACGCUCGAGAUCUGGCCAUCACUGCCGUCAUCUGCUUCAUCGGUGGCGUUGGCUUGACCCUGCUGGUGGUUCUGAUCUACUAUCAAGUGUCUCGAAAGAAGAAACGGAAGCAAAGUCAAAGGCUGAAAGGGGAAGAAGAAAGAAGCAGCACCGUAGUGAACCAUGUAAAUCAUCUCGAUGCUGUUGAGGGCAGGAGGGAUGUUUUCUUACAGGCCAACAAGGAAACAAUGAUGUUAGAUGCAAUGAAUGAUGUUGGCCAGUUUAGGUCCAGAGCUGAUGAGAAUAGCGGCUAUUUAAGGUGUCCUAACUGCAGCACCAACGGGUCGAGGAUGAACCCAAUGAGAAGAGACAACAGGAUGAAUGGAGGGAUGGAAACAGAAGAGGACCGAGAAAGAAGGAGAGCGAGGAUGAUGAUGGAGGAAGAGAGGAGGAGGACGGCGUUUCAGCAAGGUGUCUUGAACAGGGAUGCUUCCGACAAGUUUCCUCCUCGUGGCAAUAUGACCUCAUCCUCCAAUCCACAGAGAGAAACCUUCAUUCAGAGAACAGAAAACCUGCCUUCCUACAAGACUUUAAGAGACAUGGACAAUCACAGGACUGAUGUGGAAGCAAAGAGCCGAGGAUUUGAGAGUUUGCACUGUGAGAGCUGCCACAGGACAUAUAGACCACCAGAUCAGAACAUGAGACAUGGCAGGAUUCAACCCAAUCCAAGAGACUCUGCAAUGUUUGAUGGUUUCCCUCCUCAACACCGACAGAAUGACAGUGGAAGGAAUGUUAGCCACCACUUUGACAUGGUGAAGAACGCUGAGUCGAGAAGGGAAACAAGAAACGUAACAUUCGAUCUGGCGAGAACCCUCGAACAAGGAAGCAGUCGCGUUGAAGACAAGACGGACGGGAAAACCUCCAGAGACAGAGAGAAGGAAAAAGAGAGGCAACACAAAGCCCAAUCCAGCCGACUACUGAAGGUUAAACUAAACUUGAACCCACUACGAAAAAGCAAAGUCCAUCCCAAGAGGAAAAACGAGCAGCGGCACUCGGAGAAAAGCAGCCCCAGGAAAAGUAAAGAGAAAAAACGGGAAGGAAAAGAAAGAGAGGAGAGGGAAGGUAAAGGAAAGAAAGCAAAGAGGGGCAGCAAGUCCUCCAAGACGGAAGGAUUGACUAAAGAUGGUGCGAUAGAAGGUGGACAGAAAGACAAAACCUCUAAGCAGAAAAAAGCAACUUCCAAAGGUGAGCAAGGCGGCCAGGAAAGAACCGAAGACGACCUGAAUAAACAGCCGGAGAACUCCCAACCUGCCGAUGCUGGCGCCACAUCAGCCACUACUUCUGUCACUGGACAGCCACAAAAUCUUCAGAAUGUUCAGUAUCAGGCAGCUGGAAUCACUCAACUUCCCUCCCAGCAUCCCGUCUCCCUCUUACCCGCUGACAGAAGUCGAACUACCAACCUCUCCCUGCUGGGCUCUGCCGGCUCACAGCUGACCGGCAGCAGCCUCUCUCUCCAAGGAGGGAACUUUCUGCUCAACAACAACAUGGCCUCAGGAUCUACCGCACUGUUCCCCAGCAGUCCAGGUAUAGCCCUCAGUGGGCCCAGUUUGGCUCCAGGUGGUGCCCCAGACAGCCGACCAGCUGCAGUAGGAGUCAUGUCCUCUGGUCCGCCUCUUCAAGCUAAUGCUGUGCAUACUAACCCUUUGCAAGCAAGUUCUGUCCAUGCAACUGCUCUAGCAGCAAACCCAGCUGUAAAUCCCAUCCAGUCCGUCUCUCGGAGCCAGAUGUCUACCGACAGCUCUCCUCUUGUACCCAGACUAAAGCCCGAUCCAGCACCAGGACCAGUUACACCACAUCAGCUACCCACUGAAUCUCAACCACCCUCCACCAAAGAGAGCCUGCCCGUCCAAGAUCAGAAUGAAACGUCCGUGGUGACUCCUCUGAAUCUGGAACCAGCGACCACGGUGGAGAAUAUGUCAAACAACAACAGUCAGACAGACACCGGGCAGAUCUUUGCUGGGUCCACAGUGGGUACAUCAACUGGGGUUGUGGCUCUAACUGAAGGAGCUGCAGUGGAGGCAUCUGGUGUAACGUCCACUUUGUCCACACGGAGUGGAUCAUCCACAGGAGCUGCAGCCACUCUGCUGCAGCAGGAGUAUCUGUCCGAGGAAGGAGGCUCCUCCCCACGGAGGAAACUGAGGCUGGUGAUUCCAGAGAAGACGUCCAGCCGACCUCCCACCGCUCUGGAGAGGAAAAUACGCUAGCAGCUCAGGUUAAAGUGUUGUUUUGGUAGAUUUGUAAAGAACAAAGUGUAACAUCAGAUACUUACGAUGCUCCAGCUGAAUCUGACGCCGUCGUUCUUGUACAUAGUUAAUGUGACGUUAUGAACCGACGCAAAAUGUAAUGUUUAUGUUUUAUUUUUAUAAAGCUGCAGAAGAGGAAAAAUCCUUGCUGUUGUUUCUGAAUUCCAAAGUUCAUUCAUGAGCUGGGAAACAGCUUUAAACUAAAAAAAAAAAAAAAAAGUCUUACCAUGAGAUCCAUUUAGCAGCUUUACUGGUGCUGUCAGUCAUACCACGUGAUCUUCAUCCACAGAUGUUGUCAUGGAAACACACUCCUUUAGUGCUUCAUGAACUUCUUCUCCAUGUUAAUACAUCUUCAGCUAACAUUAGUUCAGUGGAUACACCAAAGCUUUGGAUCAGAUAAAGAACACUAAUUUUUCUUAAAUCCACGAUCUUAUUCAAACUAUUUUUUUAACCAAGAUCAUGUGAAUGUGAUUAAAAGCUACAGAGCUGCUGCUAAAUAGACCUUAAUGUGCAGUUGUUUGGUCAGUUGGUGUUUGUUUUUGGGAAGGUGUAAAACUGUCCAAAGAGACUAAAAUGGAUUUUUGUUAUUACUUUAUUGUGCAUACAUUGUAUAUUGUGAUAACUUUUGCAGUAAAUUCAGCCCGACAGCAUAGUACAGAAACACGAACACUUAACGUGGCAAACCGCAACAAAAUUUAAAGAGCAGUUAAAAGAAAGACAAUGACUACAUUUGUUUAAAAUCAUGUUUGGGUGUUCUGAAGAGGAAACUAACCGAGUCUGUGCAGAUUGCAGCAGGUUACUAAGGUUUCUGUGUUUCAGUGCUGGAUUGUGUUUCGGUUUUGGCACCACGACGGUUGUUUGCAGUGUGUUUGGUUUCACACAGCCGACCUCUAAACACCGUCUACAGAGGGUUAAGUUUACACCAAACCUCUACUGUCCGCACCAUGAGUCACUGUGAUCCGUUUCACCGCUGACCAAGCCUUCCACGUCACUCUCUUAUUCGUUGUGUUGCCAUGCAAUAAAAUUAGAUCCUGGA